AUGAGGCCUAUCGUGCGUGUUAGUCCAAAUGAAGUACACAUCCAAGAUCCCACCUUCUACGACACCCUGUAUGCGCAGUCUCGCCACUCGGACAAGCUCAAGCAUCUCGAGCACCGCUUCAACAAUGAGAUGUCCUCGUUUGCUACUGCUGAGCACAGUCUUCAUCGUCUGCGUCGUAGCGCGCUCAAUCCCUUCUUCUCCAAACGUAAGAUUACCCAGUACUCGCCUCACGUCCAGAGUCAUAUGGAUCGUCUCUGCAAUCGCAUCGAUUCCGAAUUCGUCGCCAACGGGAAGACGAUGAACCUGAACAAUAUGUGGGGCGCCUUCACUUCGGACAUUGUCGUCGGAUACUGUCUCGAGAAGCCGUAUGACUUCAUCCUGAAUCCUGACUUUCGCGCCCAAUUCUCCGACGCCAUGUAUGCCACCUUAUGUCGAAUCAUACAGGUAGCAAGGCUAACAUGCUCCAGGGUUGAUCUCCUCGACCCUGUUCACUUCAUCACGCAAUUCCCAUGGAUGAUCAGAUCACUAAAGCUGCUGCCAGACUGGCUCGUCGUCCUCCUGUCGCCGCCAAUGCGCUCUGUCAUGACCUUCAACAAAGAGAUGGAGACGCAAAUCCAGCACGCCAAAGCCGUACACGCCUCUGGAGAAAAGACGAUGGCCAUCCCAUCUCUUUUCACAGCUCUCCUCGAGUCCGACCUCCCGCCUAGCGAACUCUCCACCAAACGCCUGCAGCACGAAGCCAUCUCCGUCAUCGGCGCGGGCAUCGAAACAACAAUGUACACGCUGUCGACAUGCUCGUACCACCUACUCGCCAAUCCUGUGACGCUGGCCAAGUUGUGCGCUGAACUCGACGCAGCGAUUCCAGAUCCAAACCACAUCCCGCACCUUGACGCAUUGAUGCAGUUGCCGUACUUGACUGGCGUGGUCAACGAAGCUCUGAGAUUUGGCUACGGCACUCCUCAGCGCAUCCCUCGCCUCUCACCAACACCCAUGGUCUACCACACCCCCGAUAUAGACUACCAGCUCCCUGUAGGCACGAUCGUGAGCAUGGACCAUUACACCGCCUCUCAUGAUCCAAGUAUUUUCCCCGAUCCGUUCGCGUUCGUGCCGGAGCGUUGGGCAAGUGAUGCAAAGGCACCAGAUGGAAAGGCGCUAACAAAGUACCUGAUUGCAUUUGGACGUGGAACGCGAAGCUGUGUGGGCAUGCAGCUCGCGUAUGCGGAUUUGUAUAUUGGCAUUGCGACUUUCUUUCGGCGGUUUGAGUGCGCGUUGUUCGAGACUGGGCACGAUGCUGUUGAUCUGUACCUUGAUAGCUUUGUUCCGCGCGCGAAGCCGGGCACGCAGGGAGUGAGGGUUGUUGUUCAGAGGAAGCGAUAG